CUUCCGGUCCAGGGGCCGCAGAAACUGAAAGUACCGAGUUUUUAGGCGCCCCACUGAGAUUGAUUCACCUUCACCUGUGCGAGACCUAGUUGACCAGGUGGGAAACCUGACAGGCAGUAAAAUAUGAACGGAAGAGUGGAUUAUUUGGUCACUGAGGAAGAGAUCAAUCUUACCCGAGGACCCUCAGGGCUGGGCUUCAACAUCGUCGGUGGGACAGAUCAGCAGUAUGUCUCCAACGACAGUGGCAUCUACGUCAGCCGCAUCAAAGAGGAUGGGGCUGCGGCCCUGGAUGGGCGGCUCCAGGAGGGUGAUAAGAUCCUCUCGAUAAAUGGCCAAGACCUAAAGAAUCUGCUGCACCAGGAUGCUGUGAACCUCUUCCGUAACGCAGGCUAUGCUGUAUCCCUGAAAGUACAGCACAGGUUACAGGUGCAAAAUGGCCCCCUAGGACAUCGAGGCGAAGGGGAGCCGAGCGGUAUUCCCAUGCCUGUGGUGCUGGUGCCACUGUUUGCCCUCACCAUGCUGGGAGCCUGGGCCUUGAUGAGAUACCGGCAAUAACUUUGAAAAGCUCGCUUUCUUCCAGUGCUCCUGAUGAAGAUAACAUUUCUUCCUUCCUCUCCUCCUCCCCUGCCAUUCUCCCGUCUCUUGCCCUCUCUCUGCAUAGCUCACACAUGAUUUAAAGAGACUGCUUCCCAACCAGAACCUGGCUCUUCAAAAUCUCCAAGUCCUUGUUUUCUGAUGGGAGAGUAAAGGCUUUGUUUGAAGGAAAGCUGAAGAAAGACUUGCUUAGGACAAAUGAGGAGUUAUGUGUUUUACUAGGACCGCCAAUAGAAUCAGCUGCAACCAAAGGGAAAAGUCCAGUCUUCCCGUCACCAUGGUGAUACGUGUUUUCUUAGCUGGCUUGCCUCAAAGGCCAGCUGUGUGAUAUAAGAGGAAGAGAGGAUUUUUCUUUCUAAUGAUCUUCCUUGGGAAAUUUUUGUGGCCUUUAUUUACUUUCUAAUGACAUACUUGGGUGCCUAUAUCAAACAAAAUACAAUGAGGAGACCAUUUUUACUUUUUAAAAAACAAAUAUAUAUAUUUACACAUGUAUACACAUAUAUGUAUAAAUGAUAGUAUAAUAGUGAAGCCUAUGGAGAGUUGAAGAGGUAGGAAGCUGCUCUGGUUUCUAGAUUUCUGGUGGAAGAGUUGAUACCUUAAUUGAGGGAGUAAGAGAGUGAGGCCGACAGGAUGCCUAGUUUGAGUCCUAAGAAAAAGGAAGGAAACUGAAGCAACUAGUUUAAAGUCUUAGAAUUCUUAUUUCUCAUAACAGUUAAGGUGAAGUUGAGGCAAAAUGCCAUAAUCCAUCUUUGCGCAAGUCAAUCUGUCAGAAAACCUUCAAGCUUUAGAGAUCAAUCUUACCAAUCUCUGGCCUAUCUUAGUGACUUUUUUGAUACCUCACAGCCUGUGAAAGGAUCAGCCGGAAUGAUUGUGGUCAGAGCUGUUAUGAUGGGGCCAAAACAACGCAGUGAAAAAACUCCAAAGAGGAAAAAGAUAGUGCCUCCGAGGUGGUGCCUGAACCCCCAGGCUGCCACCCCCUCUCUGGGGGCUGAUAACAGGCAAACUCUGAGCGAGGAAACUGCUCUCGGGAGGGUGGGCAUGAAACCAGCCUUGCUUCUGAUUCAGUUCAGUUUAGAGAGUUUGGAUUGCUAGUUUAUUUAUUUAUUUAAAAAAACAAACCACGAAACACUGGUUAUGGUUUUAAUGAAUGAACCAUUUUGCAGGGAAGGGGAAGAAAAGAGUUUUGUUUGUUUUAGGGGGAGGGAGGUUUCCUAGGGAAACCUUGAGAGAAAGAUGCAGAUGAAUGGAUGUUGGGGAAUACUAAGGUUAAUGAGGUGGGAGCCGUCCUGUGUCAGUGGUAUUGAAGGGUGGCUUUAAAGCAGUAAGGAGAGCUGAAGCGAGCCUAAUUUCCUGGCUUUAAGAAAACCAUUUCCAUCUUCCAAACAUACUAGCUAGACUAUAGGCCUUGUCCAUACAAUCUUGACAAUAAGAGUGGGAGGACUUCCCCCCAGGCAAGCAGGUGUGUCUAUUUUUUAGCAUAGAUGUUCUAACAAAUGUUUUACAAAUGUUGAUUGGACAUCAGCUUUUUAAGACACUUUUACAAAGAAAGGAAAUAAACCUCCAUCCUAAAGGUUUUUUUUGUUUGUUUGUUCCAGUUGGGAACCAAACGUAUAUCCAUAAAAAUGGAAUCUUCAUAGUCAGGGCAAUGUAAGUUUGGUGUCAAAUGUACGCUGCAUUCAGCCACAGGGAACAGUUACUGAGAACUGAGCAACCAUCAUUGAGAAAGAUCCCUGGAGGAAGGGGACAAGUGAAAGACCCUUGAGGAGCUCACAGUCUAGUUAGGAAAAGUCACAUGUUAUCAGGUUAAGUGACAGUUGAACACAAUAAUAAAAGAAAUGGUACUAUGCACAACACAAUGCAGCCAUCACAUUUUUUAAAAAGGUAUUCAGAAAAAAGAAAGUUGUCGCAUCAAGACACCAGGCCAGAGUGGAAAGGGAAGGCUUUUCAAAGUAAAAAUCCCAGUAAGACCGUGCCUCUGGGUCAACUAUUCCUAUAGGAGAAACUUGCUUUAAACAAUCCUGAUGUGACUUACGCCUUUAAACCUAAACUGUUCACCUAGAGACAAUUGGCAUUUGUACAUUCCUCAGAGAAACACUGACAGUAUUCCAGUUCUCACCUCAAUCUGCCUACUGUGGAGGCUCAGUCUCCGGGUCCUCCCUGUACCUGAAGUGUGUGUAGCCAUUUCACUUCUGUAGGGGCCUGCUGGCCUCCCAGGGUUCACUGCAGAGUGUGCACAUUCACUCUUGAGAGGACCUGAGACAUACAUACUGAACGAAGCAGAGGGCAAGCAGGAAGGAAAGCUCGCUCUAUCCUUAUUUGUUGGUGUAUGUAAAUAAAGAGAACACGUAUCCCAUCUCUGGUAGAAAUUUUGCUUUGGUCGAUAAUAGGGAUUCUGAUGCAUUUUAACUUUGGUUUUCCCUGGAUUUAAAUAGCAUCUAAAGAUCAAUAUAUUAACAUUUUAGGCAGGUGUGCUAUGUUUUUAUUUCUCAUUCUCUGGAAGACUACGUUUUAGAUGUCAGAAUCCAUUGUAGGUCUUAAAAAAAAAAAAAUCCAUGUUCUUUGAAUUGAAUCGAAUAUUCCUGCCAUUUUAUAGAUUGUAUUAUUUCUACUACCUAAAUUAUUGUGUUCAAAGUUUUUAAAAAGAAAGUAUUUUUAAGGCCAUGUACUUAGAACACUUCUCUAUAUAAUCCUAUAUUGUACAUAUAAUCCUAAUAAGACAUUGUUUGCUUCAAUUGUCUAUUUUCAUUUCCUGCCAAGUUUUCAUCUGUUUUGUUAAUUUAAUUAACCGCACCUUCUAGUCAUGUGUAAUGGAAAAGGGAGAUUAAUGUUUGUUACUGCAUUUGUGCCAGGUGCUGUACUAAACCCUGAUUGGUAACACUAUUGGUUCAUGCCUCACAACUCUGAAAUCUAAGUAUUGUUAUAAAGACACUAAAGAGAAUAAAAUUACUUUCCUAAGAUUGCAUAGGUGGUAAUAGAAUCAGUUGUUUAAACUCAGGUCUUCAGGUGCCACCAUCAGUGAUAUUUCCUCACUGCAGUGAUUCUCAAAGUGAGGUCUCUGGUUAAAAGUAUCAGCAUCAACAUCACUGCGAACUUGUUAGAAAAACAAGUUCUUGAGCUUUAUCCCACAUCUGUUGAUUCAGAAACUGAAUAGGGCACCCAGCAAUCUGUAAUAAUUUCUCCAGGUGAUGGAUUCAGCUAAAGUUUAAGAAUCACUUCUGAAUGCCAAUAAAUAUCCCCAUUUUCUCAGGUUAGAAUCACCUGGAGAGCUUAUAAGAAUUCUGAUGCCUGGGCUGUAUCUAGGCCAAUUCAAUAGACUCUCUGGGUGUGGAAGUCAGGCAUCAUAAAAUAAAGUUUACCAGGUGAUUCUAGUCUGCAGUGUCAGUAAAAAAGAAAAAACACAAAGAAAACCACAAAACAAAAAAUACUCCAUGGCAUUUAAACCCAGACACCAUUUAAGUUACAUACAGACAUGGCUCCAGCCAAAAAUGAGGAUUUCACUUGGGCCUUUUCAUUUUCUUUUCUUAAAAUGGAAGUUUAUAUUGCAAUUUCCCCUCUACUUCUUUUAUUUAAAAAUGUGUUUUAUUGAUUUUUAAAGAGAAAUAUCAGUGAUAAGAAUCAUUGAUUACCGCUCCUAGGGAUCGAGGCUACGACCCGGGCAUGUGCCCUGACUAGAAAUCGAACUGGUGACCUCUUGAUUCCUGGGUCAAUGCUGGCCAGGCCACUUGGGCUUUUUUAGAGUCCAGCUCUCCAUGAGCUUCUGCCCAAAGUAUAAAUGGAAUAAGAAGUAGAACAUUUGUUGGCUUCUCAUUUGCUAAUGACUGAUCAACCUCCAGUAAAAUGUAGUGGCAUUUCAGGUUGUGCACCUGUUCAAUCAGAGGCAAACCAGAACACUGCAGCAGAAGGAACCAGGAAGAUGCUAGGAUGUAUUUGUCUCAGAUGAGAAGACAAGGCUCAGGGAGGUGAGCUCACUUAACACAGAUCACACCCUUGCUUUGUUGCCUAAGUGCUCUUUCUAUUUCAUCUUUAUAUCUUGAAUAUAUCCACUACAUGAACAUAUACAAAACUCCUUUUUUUUUUUUUUUUUUUUUUAUCUCAAUCCACUUCCAUCUUCUCUCUUUGGGUCUUAAAUAAAGACCAAAGGAACUGAUUGACUA